CAAAUCCAGUUUAUUACCGUUAGAAUUUCCUUUCAGGUAAAUGCUGCAAGAAGAAAAUGUCCUGAAGGGUUUUGGAAGGAAGGAGCAAUCACACAAGCACUAAUGAAAAAUUAUACUAAAAUGUUGCCUGAAAUUGAAGACGCAGUACAAGUAGACAUUGAAAUACAUGUACAGGACGUGUCAGCACUAAAUGAGAUCACAGCAGACUUCGAUGUUGAUAUUUUAUACACACAAUUAUGGACUGAUAAAGCACUAAGUUUUAUAAAUUAUAAUGCUUGCAAACGAAAUAUAACAAUGGAAUCAAGGUAUAUAUCACAAAUUUGGACACCAAAUACGUGCAUAAUAAAUUCAAAACGAACAAUCAUACAUUCUUCACCUACUGAUAACAUUAUGUUCAUUUUAUAUGAAAAUGGUACUGUUUGGAUCAACUAUCGAAUGUCCGUAAAAGCGCCUUGUGACCUCGACUUACGGAUUUUUCCGUUUGACACUCAAUCCUGUAUUCUAAUAUUCGAAUCAUAUUCACAUAAUAAAGAUGAAGUAGCACUAAGAUGGAUGGAUGAAGCUGUCACUUUAAUGAAACCAAUUCAACUGCCAGAUUUUGAUUUAGUUUGUUAUGAAACGAAAAAUGAAACUAUGUUCUAUCCGAAUGGCUAUUGGGAUCAGCUUCAGGUAUUCUGCUAUUGA